CGCAAUGUCUAUAGCAAAGCCUCCAAACUGAAACUCGAGUUCUUCUACUGUACAUUGGAUUAGAUAAUUAUUUUGUGGGAUAUUCACGAUUUGGAAUGUCACAUUUCGACGAAAAGGCUGGAGUUGUGACUGCGAACACACCGUGGGGCAGUUGGAGCCAGACUAUAGAAGAAGUCGUCAUCAACGUGCCUGUUGAAAAGGGACUUCGAAGCAGAGACGUCAAGUGCGACAUCAAACCCAACGCAAUCUCUCUGUCUGUACGAGGGAAGGAAAUAUUCAAAGGUCACCUGUAUGGCACUAUUCUGACAACAGAAAGUGUCUGGACCCUAGAAGACCAACAACUCGUGCGAGUGGCUCUCGUGAAAUCAAACCGAGAGGCGAAGAACUGCUGGAAGUCACUACUGAAAGAGCAGUUUGAAAUGGAUCCGUGGACACUAAUGCAGACGGAGAAGAAAAUGGCUUUGGAAAAAUUCCAGCGGCAGCAUCCUGGGUUCGACUUUAGUGGAGCUGACAUAUCGGGUAACUACGUUGACGGUGGCGCUCCCGACAUAUAACACUCUGUUUUCAAUCAACAGUCAGUCAAUGUAUAAAAAUCCUCAAAAUGCGUUAAUAUUAAUGAAACAUAGUUUUUAAAUUGAGUUAUCUCUCUACGAUUCGUGAUUCAUGUCUAGUUGGUCCACGUACUUUGCUCUUGUU